GCAGUUUCUCCAGGAUUUCACAACUGCAAAGAGCCCCUUGGGCUUCUCUGCCUUCCGUGAUACUGUGUUCUUGGCAGCGCCGUGGUGUGGGAAGAAGGCUGAGGCCAGCUUUAUCAACUUGAACACAAAGGCACAUAAUCUUACUGGGACAGCAGAAGGUGAUACAGAGAAAGAAUAUACAGAGAGAGACCAGUAUUUCUUUGUGACUGCAGUCAACCCAUGAAGAGUGAGUGCUCUCAGUCACCUGCAAAAUACUGUGCAGAAAAUGUAUGCUAGUCGAGAGGAUAUUGGAUAUGAUUUUGGAGAUGACUCAAAAGUUGGAAGUAAGCCAAUUAAACCUAAUCCAAACAUCGAUGGAGGAUGGGCUUGGAUGAUUGUACUUUCCUCUUUUCUUGUACACAUACUUAUCAUGGGGUCCCAAAUGGCCCUUGGAAUACUCAACAUGGAAUGGCUUGAAGAGUUUAAUCAAAGUCGUGGCUUAACAGCGUGGGUUAGCUCCCUCAGCAUGGGCAUUACACUUAUUGUAGGUCCUUUCAUUGGUUUAUUCAUCAGCAUGUGUGGGUGCCGCAAGACAGCUAUAAUAGGAGGCAUAUUGAACGCCCUAGGUUGGAUACUGAGUGCCUAUGCCUCAAAUGUGCACUACCUCUUCCUUACAUUUGGAGUGACAGCCGGCGUUGGAAGUGGCAUGGUUUAUCUGCCUGCGGUGGUCAUGGUAGGGCAGUAUUUCCAGAAGAGAAGAGCACUUGCACAAGGACUCAGUACCACAGGAACAGGCUUUGGAGCUUUCCUAAUGACUGCCUUACUGAAGUACCUCUGCACUGAAUUUGGGUGGAGGAACGCCAUGUUCAUCCAGGGUGCCAUCUCCCUGAAUCUGUGUGUCUGUGGGGCGCUUAUGAGACCACUCUCUCCCAAAGAUGUUAGUGAAAAAUGUGUUGUGAGAAGUAAUAGUGAAGAUAACCAUGCAAAGGCUCUGUCCCAUUCUGCAGAGACUAUAAAAUCUAAUGGAGUCUUCAGCGAAGAGACAGAAAAAAAAGAAGAGGCAACAAAUGAAGAAGUGCUUGACAGUGUUCAGCACACAGAAAUUGGAGGUAAAUCUAGAAGCGGAAAGAAUAUGUACGGACUGCGUGUUCUUAAGACAGUGAGCCAGCUGACGGUUACAGUCAGGAAGGGCUUUGCAAUAUGGUACUCCAGCUACUUUGGAACUGCAUCACUGUUUACCAAUAGAGUAUUUGUGGCCUUUAUAAUUUGGGCUUUGUUUGCCUAUAGCAGCUUUGUCAUUCCCUUUAUUCAUCUUCCAGAAAUAGUCAAGCAGUACAACUUAGCUAGUCAGAACAAUAUAUUCCCUUUGACAUCCAUUAUAGCCAUUGUUCAUAUUUUUGGUAAAGUGAUCCUUGGAAUCAUCUCUGAUCUCCCAUGCAUCAGCACGUGGAACGUCUUCCUCACAGCUAACUUUACCCUGGUCACCUGCAUUCUUACUUUGCCACUAUUGCGAACGUAUGUGAGCCUUGCUGUGGUUUGUGCUCUAAUAGGAUUUUCUAGUGGCUAUUUUUCUCUAAUGCCUGUUGUGACUGAAGAUUUAGUUGGAACUAAACACCUUGCAAAUGCCUAUGGCAUCAUCAUUUGUGCCAACGGAAUAUCUGCAUUGCUUGGACCACCCUUUGCAGGUUGGAUCUAUGACAUCACAGAUAAAUAUGAUUUUUCUUUUUACAUAUGUGGCUUGCUAUACAUGGUGGGAAUAAUAUUUUUACUUAUACAACCUUGUAUUCAAAAGAAACAACCAGGAGAAAAGUCUACGGAAGAAGCACAAGUAUAGAACAAAUUCCAUAAGUUUUUUUUACAGAUUUUUUUUGUUUUUUUUUCAUGUUUCUAUUGUAUGACAGUAUGCAGUUGCUUUUCUUAUGGAACCAACCACAUUGAGCUGUACUUAAGUGAAAAGCAAAUGUGCUCCAAAAAGCUAAUAAAUUAUUAGAAAUAUGCUUUUUAAAUGAGUUAAGAUCUUUUACUUUAGAACUAACAAAUACAGUAAUUAAAAGCACCCUGCUAGUCUUUUAAAAUUGGAACAGUGCUAGAAGCCUUUACCCUUGCUUCUCUUUUACCUUUUCACCACUGAUCUGGUGAAACUCCAUUGACUGCAGUGCAGUUACUCCUGAUUUACGCUAGUCCUACAAGAGAAUUUGAUCAGGAUAUGAAUGAUUUAGAAAAGUCCUUCCUACUUUGUAUUCUGUCUGAUAAAAGAUUAGUUACUGAGUAUGAGAAAGUGAUUGUAUUUCUUACCUGGCUGGUCAAGUACUGUUGAAAUGCUAGUACAAUAAUUCAAUUGAUCCAGUGUAUUAAAAUUACUAUUUCUGUGAU